AUGGCGGAUGACGAAAAGAAAAACCCCGUGCUGUCUCUAGACGAGACAAUCUCUCAGCUACCCCCUCCAGUACCAUUCACACAUUCGGCAGCAGAUAUUCAGCAAUUGCCACAUGACAAACUCCCAAUUCUUGUUGUCCUAGAUGAUGAUCCAACCGGAACGCAGACUUGUCAUGGUAUUAAUGUUCUAACAGUGUGGGAUGCGGCGACUCUCGAAGCCGAAUUCCACAGUGGAAAUCGCGGAUUUUUCAUACUCACCAAUUCCCGAGCAUUACCCACGCCACAGGCACGCGAUCUCAUCCACGAAAUAUGUACAGCCGUUCAAAAAGCGGCUGCUAAAACUAACAUUUCCUUUGAAUUUGUUCUUCGUGGCGACUCGACUCUUCGAGGGCAUUUCCCAGAUGAGCCGGAGGUAGCAGAACAAGUCUCUGGCAAGGCCGAUGCCUGGAUCCUGGCGCCAUUCUUUAGGCAAGGAGGUAGAUACACCAUUAAUGAUGUUCACUACGUCUUGGAAGGAGGGACCAAGUUAGUCCCUGCAGCGCAAACGCCUUUCGCCAAGGACGCGACGUUUGGAUACAAAAGCUCCAAUCUAGUUGAUUACGUCGUGGAGAAGUCCAAGGGUAGCAUACCGGCUGAACGUGUCAAGUCUAUUUCUUUGGAAGACAUUCGAGUGGGUGGUGCAAAUGCUGUUGUGCAGAAAUUAUUGAGCUUUGAGAAAGGCUCUGUAGUUGUUCUUAAUGCCAUUGUAGACACCGAUAUGGAGAUCGCAGUUCAAGGGUUACUACAAGCUACGACACAAGGGAAAAGAUAUUUGUACCGGACAGGCGCAGCAUUCGUAUCCACAAGGCUCGGUAUAGAACAAAUACCACCGCUUUCUGCGACAGAGUUAGAAUUAGACCAAUCACAAACUUCUCCAGGCGGCCUUAUCCUAGCUGGAUCUUACGUACCGAAAACGACUGAGCAGUUAGAAUGUUUGAUUGAUGGACGUGGUGAAAAGUUGAAACGAAUCGUCCUCGAUGUGGAGGAGUUACUUGCAAAUAGUGAGACAUUAGAAGAGGCUAUAUCUUCUGCCGUAGAUCUUGCUGGGGAAUAUAUCGCCAAAGGAGAAGAUGUGCUUGUUAUGACAAGCCGCAAACUUAUUAUUGGAAAGGACGAUAUAUCAAGCCUGAAUAUUGGAAGUGUUGUUGCUGCGGCGCUGGUACUGUUUCUCCGCUUACUGGUUCCGCGGCCGCGAUACAUCAUAGCCAAGGGUGGGAUCACAUCGUCCGACGCUGCAACAAAAAGCCUGCGAAUGCGUCGCGCCGAAAUCAGAGGCCAGGCGGCUUCGGGAGUACCACUCUGGCGAUGCACGGAGUCAACCUCAAAAUUCAGUGGUAUCAUCUAUGUCGUAUUUCCUGGGAAUGUUGGAGAGAAGCAUACAUUACGCGAUCUCGUCGCAAGCUGGGAAAAGCUAGCCGUCCCAAAACAUUAG